CGGAUCUCUCACGUUUCUUCCGAGUCCCCUUUAAACGCCUAUUGUCUUGGGUCCACCCAUCCGUGGGGGUGGUUCUUCUGCCAAACUUUGCAAACUUUUCAGGCUUGUCACCAGUUGUCGGCGCGGAUGGACAACUGGGAGCACAAAGGCAUGCGAAGGCAUGAAACGUUCGUCGUCGCCCACGACGCGUGUUCUCACGCCGCAGCCUCGGCGCGGAUGAUCUGAACUUAGUGUCAAGUCACACAAGUCCUCCAUGUUCCUCAACUCCUGCGUGCUGCAGACAUGGACUGUGGGCUUCACCUCCACUUCUUCUUCUUCGCGGGGCUUUUCGUGGCCGCGCUGGGAUCGCCACGACAGCCAGAGAGAUUCCAUCAGGACCUUCCUCAGUAUGAAGUGGUUCACCCCACAAGAGUGGAUGUCAGGGGUCACUUCCUGUCCAACUUCCUGUCUCAUCGUUCUCGCCGCGUACAGCGCCGCGAUGCCUCAGAGGAGUCGCUGGACCAGGACAGAGUCUUCUACCAGUUCUGGCACGGGGGCCGCAGUUUGCACUUUCACCUCAAUCUCAACCCAAACCUGCUGGCCUCGGGCUUUCUGACCGAAAGGAGAUAUGGCGGUCUCAAAGGGGCAAAGAUCCGCCCCCCUGGAGCCUCCUUGUGUCAUUUCCUGGGUGAGGUGUGGGAUGAGGCUGCUGUCAAAGGAAGCGCAGCAAUAAGUACCUGCGAUGGACUGACAGGACUGUUCAAGUUGUCAGAUGAAGAGUUCUUUAUCCAGCCUUUGGAAAGGUUACAUGAUGAGCCCUCAGCACCACAGGCCCAUGCCAUCUACAAACGCCACACACCCUCCCUACCUCGGAGUCCGGUUGUCGAGUCCAUCUCAGGGAUACAAUCAGUCAACGCUUCCUGUGGAGUCCAAAAUUCCCACCACAGUCUGGAUAAGGCUGAGAGACAGCGGGAAUACUGGGAGCAGAACCAGCAGAGGAGGCGGCGGCGGAUCCAUCGACGCUCUGUCAGCAAAGAGAAGUGGGUGGAAACGCUGGUCGUAGCUGACCCUAAAAUGGUGGAAUACCAUGGCAGCAAAAGUGUUGAAAACUACGUUCUUGCCGUUAUGAACAUUGUAGCAGGUAUUUUCCAAGAUGCCAGUAUUGGAAACGCUAUCAACAUUGUUGUAGUUCGACUCAUACUACUGGAGCAGGAUGAGGAUGACUUAAAGAUUACACACCACGCUGACAAUAGCUUGAGUAGUUUUUGCAAGUGGCAGAAACGGCUGAACUUGAAGGGAGAUGAUCAUUAUCUGCACCACGACGUCGCUGUUCUCCUCACCAGGAAGGACAUCUGUGCAUCCAUCAAUAUGCCUUGCGAAACCCUGGGGUUGUCCCAUGUGGCGGGGAUGUGUCAAUCACAUCGCAGUUGCAGUAUCAGUGAAGACACCGGCCUCCCACUGGCUUUCACUGUGGCACAUGAGCUGGGGCACAAUUUUGGCAUUCAGCAUGAUGGCAAUGGUAAUGACUGUGAACCCAUUGGGAAAAGACCUUUCAUCAUGUCACCGCAGCUGCUCUACGGCACCUCUCUGCCCAGGUGGUCCCGCUGCAGUCGCCAGUACAUCACACGCUUCCUAGAUCGUGGCUGGGGUUGGUGCCUUGAUGACGCCCCUGUGAAGGAUACAAUUUCACAAGGUUUUCUGCUUCCUGGCGCUCUGUACAGCGCUGCUCAUCAAUGCCGGCUUCAGUAUGGCUCUGGAUCCAUGCUCUGCGAUGACAUGGAUAAUGUCUGCAGCACGCUGUGGUGCACUGUGGGAAACACGUGCCACUCUAAGCUGGACGGGGCUGUGGAUGGGACCAGUUGUGGUGAGGAUAAGUGGUGUUUCAGCGGGGAGUGUGUCGCAGCUGGACAUCACCCAGACAGUGUCAAUGGGGGCUGGGGCUCCUGGACUGAGUGGACAGCCUGUUCAAGGUCUUGUGGAGCAGGAAUUGUGAGAGCUCAGCGGGACUGUGAUGACCCGAUUCCAAAGAACAGGGGGAAGUACUGCCUGGGAGAAAGACAGAGGUAUCGGAUCUGUAACACGUCACCAUGUCAGAACAAUGCACCCUCUUUUCGAGAUAUCCAGUGCAGUCACUUCAACAGCGCACCAUACAAGGGCACAUUCUACAACUGGGUGGCAGUCAUCAGCAAAGUCAGUCCCUGCGAGCUCCACUGCCGUCCAUUAAAUGAACAUUUCUCUGAAAAAAUGCGUGACGCUGUCAUUGAUGGGACCCCAUGCCUUGAGGGCAACAAAAGCCGAAAUAUGUGCGUCAAUGGCAUCUGUAAGAAUAUCGGAUGUGACUACAUCAUUGAGUCCAGUGCUGUGGAGGAUCGCUGCGGGAUUUGUCAGGGUAAUGGCUCAACCUGUACAACCAUAAGAAAAACGUUUGAGGAGAGUCAAGGACUGGGUUACGUUGACAUUGGACUAAUCCCAGAGGGAUCUUGGGACAUCAGGAUUGAGGAGAUGGCAGAAGCUGGAAAUUUCCUGGCUCUCCGUAGUGACAAUCCCAACAAGUACUAUCUGAACGGUGGCUGGACUAUUCAGUGGAACGGAGAGUACAAGGCUGCAGGGACCGUAUUCACCUAUGAACGGACAGGACAUCUGGAGAACCUGACUUCACCUGGACCCACCAUGGAACCAUUGUGGAUUCAGCUCCUUUUUCAGGAGACCAAUCCAGGUGUGCGCUACGAGUACACAGUCAGUCGAAAUGUUUCUGAAGACGACAUCUUUGCCUCAGUUUUCUUCUGGAAGUUUGGUUCGUGGACGGAAUGUAGCGUCACUUGUGGAGCAGGUGUUCAGAGACAGAUUGUUCACUGUGUGGAGAGGACCAACGGGAUCGUGGAAGAGUCAUUGUGUGACCCUUUAACCCGACCUGAUGAUAACCAAACUACGUGCAACAAGGAGCUUUGUCCCGCCAUAUGGUGGGUGGGGGAGUGGCACGCAUGCUCAGCAAGCUGUGGGAGCUCUGGCAUGACUAAAAGGACAGUGCUGUGCAUACAAGCCAUCAGCGUGGAGGAACAGAAAGCCCUACAGCCCAGCGAAUGUGAACACAUCCCAAAACCCGAGUCGGUAUCAUCCUGCAGCACACACAUCCCAUGCCCGGCAGAUUGGACCACCGGCAGUUGGACAAAGUGCUCACAAACCUGCGGAAGUGGAGUCCGUCGCCGUAAUGUCACCUGCUCCAGGAACACUGGUGUGGACUGUGACCUGCUAAAGAAACCCCACUCUCUCAGUACUUGUAACAUCCAAGACUGUCCGCUGGUUGUGGAUAACUUCGGAGAUAUUGACUGGUCUGGAAGUGGGUGGACAGGCAGAGAAGUGUUCAACGAAAUCCACUCCGUACCUAAACCCCCUGCUAAGCACGGCCCGUCCAAAGUCAAAUCAAAAAAUCCAAAUGAUUCGAAUAACAUUUUUGAAGACUUCCAUUACCACAAUAGGAUAGACAGCGAAGAGGAUUCUCUUGAAAAAAGCCUAAAAGUGGAUGACUUUUACUACGACUACAACUUCAUCAAAUUUCAUGAAGAUUUAUCGGAUGAGAGUGAUGGAACAGUUUCAAAGGACAGUCAGGAAAUGGGUUUUCAACAAGAGGACGAGCCACCCCACAGUGGGAAGGGCAGCAGUCCUUUGAUACCUGCAGAGCCACUAAUCAUCGAUCUCAACAAUGUGAAGAACAGUGGAAACACUGGAACAAAAGAACCCACUCAAAUACAUUCUGAAUGGGUCGAUGAUUACCUCUUUCAAGAUUAUCUUCUGCCUGUGUCCACAACUCAGUCACCACCGUCGUCAACAGAGCAUUCAUCCAUACUUGAAGAGAGAUACGACAAUCUCCAGGGGUUCGAAAAUAUUAGCACAGGAACCCCUCAGGAAGUGACGAGCAGGCAGCCUGCUAAGAGGGAGAAUAUUGGGCAUGACAGGGAACAGGCUGAAAAUAACCGGGAUUCCAUUGGGGAGGAAAAUCACACAGAAAAAUUCACUGCGACUCCAACUCAUGCUGCUUCAACCCUUGGACUUCAUGCUGAGAACAGUCACACCGUUACCCAGACAAUGAGCACCCGAGAGGAGGAUGACUUACGAUUGCAGAAAACUUACACCACAACACCAUAUUAUCCUCGUAGUUUUAUGAGCCCCUCCAUGCCAGGGACUGAAAGAAGUCAAAUAAAAAUGACCACGCAUGCAGUCCAAAGGGAAGAAAAUAGAUUAGAAGUACCUAAUAUACAAAUUAAGAACAAAUCAACAGUAUUUUCACCGGCACUUGUACUGGAAGAGUUGGAUCCCUCUCCUCACAAUACAGAUGUGACUGCUAUUAAACAUGAUAGUUCAGGACUGUCUCACCAUGGCCUCAAUACAACUUCAUUACUUCCCUCUGAGAGUUCAAUUCCUCCCCUUCUUUCCCCAGACUUACCAAUGCCAAGUAAUCAAAAUGUCCCUGAUGAUACAAUAUUGUCUACUGGAAGAGAAUUUAUACGUCCUACUAUCCAGGAAGAAUACUCUCAGCCUUCACCAAAUUAUUUUGAUCAAACUACAGCGGAACCGACGCCAUCCAAACCUGUACUUGCAGAUCCAUUCUUUAUUUUAGAUGACUAUGACUACAACGAAGUAACAAUUCCCCCUGUGGUGAGGUCUGAUGUUGGGACUGAUUCCUCCACUUCACCCAGUCCUCAACCCAUGACCACGCAAGCCGCAAGUGUUUUGCCAAGCCGGAAUCGACAUUUUUGGCCACUUCCUUUGACAACGUCAAGCCCCGCACAAGUCACAGCCUACUGGGUCACUGGCAACUGGAGCUCGUGCUCCACAAGCUGUGGUCUGGGUGCCAUCUGGAGGACUUUGGCCUGUAGUACUGGAUCCGAGUCCAAUUGUGACCCAGCCAAGAGGCCCACACCUGCCCAACGCUGUUACCUACGACCCUGCUCAAUGUGGAAAAUUGGGGAAUGGACUAAGUGCACCAAGAGUUGUGGCGUUGGCGUUAAAUCGCGGGAGGUCCAGUGUUUCGACAUGCGGGAUCAACGGCCUCUGCGACCAUUCCACUGUCGAGCCAUGUCCUCCAGGCCACAAAGCCAAGUUCCCUGUAACCUUCAGCCAUGUUUAGACUGGUACACCUCCUCCUGGGGGCAGUGUUCAGAGGUUUGCGGAGGAGGCGGGCAACAGCGUAUUGUUACCUGCCCAGUGAAGGACCACUGUGACAUAGCUCUUCAGCCCAGCAACACCCGGCGCUGUAAUACUCGGCCUUGUGCUCAGUGGCUCAAAGGACUUUGGGAACAGUGUUCAGCUUCAUGUGGCAGUGGAGUACAGCAUCGACUCGUCAAGUGUGUAAACACAAAGACGGAGACAGAAGAAGAAGUCGAUCAAGCUCAGUGUGACCACGAGCCGCAUCCGGAGACCAUGCAGAAGUGUAACCUAAAGGAGUGCCUGAGCGCCCCCUCUGGAGCGUCUUGUCUUCGUGAUCGUCUAACAUCUCGCUUCUGUCAAACUCUGCACUGGUUGGGCCGCUGCCAGCUGCCUAACGUGCGAGCACAGUGCUGCAAAACCUGCAAGCAGCCUCCAGCAGCAGGGCCUGGGACCACGGCUCACCAGUGA